AUGCAUGAAAGUUCUUAUGGGCAACCUUCCUUGGAUCACCAUCCAUGCCAGAUUUCUAUGCUUGUUGGAGCCCCAGAUGAAGUAAAAGACUGCCCUGGUGAUGGCAUUGCAGGUGUACACCCAAGCAGGGCAGGCGUGGGUGAGGGCUGCAUCCUUAUCUCCAAAUCACACGCACAAGAUUUUUAUGAAAUCCGCUCUGAUGUUGAAGGGGAUGGGCGCAUUGGAAGACCUGUACCAGUUUCCGAAGAGCAUGGCUUCAACUUCCAGCAGUUGACUUUUGCCCCUGAAGCUCAGCUGAAGACCUUGCAGUUCUGGACAAGUUUGUUGAUGGAACUGUGGUCAAGGGCAGGCCGAGUCAUUAACAGGCAGUCAGCGGGUUACCAAGACAAAAGGCAGGAACCUAGUCAGGUGCAGGCCGAGAUCGUGAUCAUCCCCUUCUUCAGCGAAGGAGGUAUUCUGUCCUCCAACCGCCAUCUUCUCGUACAGCUCAGGCAGGUCUGGACCAACGAGGUCCCACAGCACUACAUAGAGCUCCGCUGGGAGAUCAUCGCAGCCUGGGGUUACCGGCUUUGGAGGACCAUCUUCAAGAGCUCCGCUCCACAUGGGUACAGGUUCAGGAGUGUCUUCGAGACCGAAAGCUCCAGGCUAAUCGUAGACGUAUGCCCGCUUCAUCCUACCAGACUGUGUGUAAUGAUUCGUGCAAGCACAGCAAGAUAUGUGUAUAGGAUCGCAGCUGCGGAGCAACGGGACGCCGCUGGGCCGAGCUCGCCGCGUCAUCACGCCCGCUCAGCUGUUCAGAAGAGGGAGGAGUGGAGCGCUGAGGAGCGCCCGUCCGUCGCCCAGCAACAAGAUGCUGUUGACGGGGCCGUCCCCGCCAUGGUUAAGCCAGGAGGAGUCUCCCUGGUGGUCCGAGGGGGGCGGAGGGUCAGCCAGUCAGUCCAGGGUUGCCACACGGCAAAUUAUGUCGGGCUGGUUGAGACUCCGGUAGGGCGCGUCCUUGGUACGCAGUCCUGGGAGCUUGCAGGUCCCGCGGAGAGAGGUCAAAGACUGAGGAUAAGUGGAGCAUCAACCGCUGACAUUCUUAGUGAUGAAAUGAGAUAUCCAUCUUUUCUGCGUACUGUUCCUAAAGACUAUUACCAAACCAAAGCAAUCAUGGAUCUGAUCAAAACGUUUGGGUGGAACUGGAUCGGAAUCGUUGUCACCGAUGAUGAAUAUGGACUCUCCUCUCUUGAUUUACUGAACUCCCUCUUUAAAGACAAUGGGAUUUGUACAGCCUUUUCAAGGACUGUCUCAUCCAAUGUGAAACAUCCAUCUUUGCAGAAUCGCCUAAAUAAUGUAAUCAAUGAUCUCAAAACCAGUACAACCAAAGUGGUAAUUAUCUUCGCAAAAAGCUCUAUUGUGGCUGAGCUAUUUAGAGCAGCCAUCCGUGAGAAUAUAUCCAGAACUUGGAUUGGAAGUGACAGUUGGAUAAACUCCAACUUAUUAGCCAGUAUGCAAGAUAUUGCAAAGGUGGGAACAAUAUUUGGAUUCACAUUUACGAGGGUUUUAAUUCCUGGAAUAGAAUAUUAUCUUAAAAACCUUUAUCCCCCCAGCAAUGGAGCUACAAAUGAGUUUCUUAAUGAAUAUAAAAUGUGGAGAUUUGGAUGCACAGAAGAAUAUAGAGAAUAUCGAAAGUGUUUGAACUCAACUUCUGAUUCCUGUCCGGUUCCUGCUUCGGCGAUGCACAAAUCCCCAGUAGCUUGCACAGUAGAGGAUGUCUCUUUGCAAAACGAUGAUUAUUUGGUACAUAAUAUAGAAAUAGCAUAUUCUACAGCCCUGUCUGUUACAGCCAUAGCUCAAGCACUGAGAAAUAUAAUGUGCAGAAAUGGAACUUGUGAUAAGGACCUCCAAGUCUCACCACGCAAGCUCCUUGCAGAACUAAAGAACAACAGCUUUACCUACAAUGAUGAAACAUUCCACUUUAAUUCGUUUGGUGAAGUUUUACGCAGCUAUAGCUUAUUUAAUUGGCAGUUGAUAAACAAGUCUUUUAAAAUGACGAUGGUUGGCCGGUAUGACACAGUCAAUCAAAAAAUAAGCAUAAACCAAAGUCUUCUUGUCUGGAACAAUAUCAACGGAACGGUUCCCUUUUCUAACUGCACGGCAACAUGCAAGCCUGGGUAUUUCAAGAAGCAUUCCUUUAUCAGCUGCUGCUAUGAAUGUAUUGCAUGGGCCGACAACUCCUACUCCCCCAUGCCUGACAUGGCUGAAUGCUUUGCGUGUCCUUACCAUCAGUGGUCAGACAAUGGAAGCUCACAGUGUGAAAAUAAGACGAUUCAAUAUCUGAAUUGGAAUGACCCAUUCGCUGUGACAUUGGAGACUUUUGCUUCCAUUGGAAUUGCAGGCGUGCUCCUCAUUGGAAUUCUCUUUGUGACAAAUACUAACCAUUCCUCUGUUAAAGCGGCAGGCGGUCAUUACGCCUACCUCCUGAUGGUGUCAUUAAUAUCCAGCCUGACAAGUAUAUGGUUUUUCAUUGGCGAACCAAAUGACCUAAUCUGCCAGAUUAGACAACCGUUGUAUGGCAUCAGCUUCACCAUCGCUGUCAACUGCAUCCUAAUUAAAUCUAUUCUAAUCCUCAUGGCUUUCGAGUCAGCCAAAAAGGGAAAGCGGAUAGGUAAUUUCACCCGCCAGCGUUCGAUCAUUGUCGUGGCUGUAUUGACUGGUGCCCAGAUUGUUAUUUGUGUAUUGUGGCUCAUUCUGAAAAGCCCCUUUGCUAUGACCGAUAACACCAUACCUCAAUUCAUCCUCAUGUAUUGUGAUGAAGGAUCCUAUGUGAGCUUUGGCAUCAUGCUAGGGUACAUUGCAUUGCUUGCCUUCACUUGCUUCCUUCUUGCCUAUAAGGGGAGGAAACUGCCAGAUAAAUACAAUGAGGCUCGAUGUAUCACCUUUAGCAUGCUUGUCUACAUGUUUGUUUGGAUUCUUUUUAUCCCAGUCUACAAAAACUCCAGAGGUGUCUACCUCUGCGCUGUACAAAUUGUCGCCAUCUUGUCUUCUGUCUAUGGAGUUGUAGGAUGCCACCUUUUACCAGUGUGUUACGUUAUAUUAUUCAAACAAACUGACACAGAGCUCCCCAGAGCUCCCUCAGCUUCAAACCAGAUGCCCAGGAAGAGCAUGGCUUCUGACUUCCCACAGUUGACCUCUGUCCCUGAAGCUCGACCAAAGUCCUUGCAGGUGUGGAGGAGCAUGUCGAUGGAAUGCUGGUCGUUAAGCUGCCGGACGUGGACGGCAUAUGCGAAGGUUGUAGGGCAGGAGUGGUUUGGGUUCUUGCAGAUGGCUGGUCGGGUGUCCUUUGAUGCGCUAAUGUGUUGUCGGGAUGUCACGAAAGACUUCAUAGUCCGUCAGGCAGUGAAGGGCCUGCACAGGGGACAGCGACGUCCGGAUGCUCGGCGCCCGGUCACGUUUGCUAUAUUACAUGCUGUGCUGGAUCAGCUUCCUCAUUGCUGUUCUUCCGAUUUUGAGGUGUCUCUCUUCCGGGUGGCCUUCCUGUUGGCGUUUUUCGGUGCUGGUCCUGCCCUAAUCUGGAUAAUGGUGCACUCGUAUGUGUACUGGGGGGCCCGCAGGGCAGACGUUCUCGGUGUCAGUAGGGACGAGGCCCAG